UUGUGACAAUGAGUCUUCAGUGAAUCAAAACGAAGAAAAGUCAGGUCAAUCAAAACGAAGAAAAGUGGUGAGAAAGUAUGAUUCCAAGUACUUAGAAAUGGGAUUUACAUGGAAUGGAGAUGAAGAAGAUCCACGACCACUAUGUGUUAUUUGUUGUGAUCAACUUGCAAACGAGAGCAUGUGCCCAAACAAAUUGCGUCGCCAUAUUGAGACGAAGCAUCCCGAGUUGAAAGACAAACCCCUCGAAUUUUUUGAAAGGAUGCUAAGCAAGUUGAAGACAGGACAGAGCAUUAUGCAACGUUACACCAAAGUUAAUGAAAAAUCUUUGUACGUGUCCUACCUGAUCAGUUUGAGAAUUGCGAAAGCUGGUUUGCCACAUACAGUUGGAGAGACUUUAGUUCUUCCAGCUAUAAAAGAUACAGUUAAAGUUUUCUUUGGUGAUAAGAGUGAACAAGAAAUUGAAACAAUUCCUAUUUCUAAUAACACAACAGUCACGCAUAGGAUCGAUGAAAUGUCUCGAUGGAUAGAAAAUCAGCUAGUUCAAAGAGUUCGUGAAAGUACAAUUUUCUUCUUACAACUAGAUGAAUCUACGGACGUACAAGGUCUGUGCCAGGUACUUGUUUUUGUGCGUUAUAUAUGGAACUCCAAACCUCAUGAAGAUAUGUUGUGCUGUGAACCAGUCAGUCGAAGUACUAGCAAUGAUAUUUUUAAGACUGUUGAUACUUAUGUCAAAACAAAAGGUCUUGAUUGGAAUAAAUGUGUCGGAAUAUGUACGGACAAGGCACGGGCUAUGUGUGGUAAAAACAGUGGUCUGGUGACCAGAAUACUUGAACUUAAUCCAAACACAUCAUGGACUCACUGCAACCUUCACAGAGCAGC